AUGAAUCGGAUGAAAUUUAAGAAGAAAAUUAAGACCAAAAAGCGCGACACAACCACAGAAGUGAUCACUCCUGAAGGAGUGGAACAGAUCGCUGUCGAAGAGACCGUAGAANACUCGUCAAACCUGGUGUCGAAGAAAUUUAAGAAGAAAAUUAAGACCAAAAAGCGCGACACAACCACAGAAGUGAUCACUCCUGAAGGAGUGGAACAGAUCGCUGUCGAAGAGACCGUAGAAGUGACUGAAAAGAAACCUCAAGAGGUCUCAAGAUACACAGAAUUAGUCCAAGAAUUAGAGGUGGAAAGGGCUGACACGCCGUCAUUGAGUUUGACGACUACCGAAACCUCUUCCUCUUGGAUGAGAGCAAAUGUGGAGCCAUUGGUCUCUUCCUAUACGAGACAUACAUUGAUUGAAAGGAGGGAAUACUUCUUCAAACUAUGGUUCCAUUCGACACUCUCUUCAAGCAUGAAUUAUGACGACUACAAAGACAACCCCUAA